AUGAGUUUGACUAUAACCAUUAAGUAUGGAGGUAAGACACAUGAGAUCGCGUUGAGCGAAUCAUCCAAAGGAUUAGACUUGAAACAGAGCAUUCAAGAUUUAACCCAAGUUCCUAUUGCUAGACAAAAAAUAUUGGUUAAAGGAGGCAAAUUAGCCGAUGAAACACCUGUUGUUGAAUUACAAAGGUUGAAACAGCCAUUUCUUGUUCUUGGUACUCCUGAUAAGAACUUACCCACAAAGCCAAUUGAGAAACAAGUAUUUUUGGAGGAUAUGAGUAUGCACCAAUUGAACCCCAUUAGUAAUGAUCCUUCUGGUUUGGUUAAUUUGGGCAAUACUUGCUAUUUGAACUCAACUUUACAAGCAUUAUAUAAAAUCAAAGAUCUUACUAAAAAGGUUGAAACUUAUACUCCAAGUCAAGGAGCUCGUGGCGGUGAAUUGGUAAUGGCUUUGAAAUCUUUAUUUUUAAGUAUGGAUAAGAAGCAAGAGAAAGUGACUCCUACAUUCUUUUUAGCUCUUUUCAGAUCUAUUCUUCCUCAAUUUGCUGAGAAUGUCAAUGGCCGUUAUCUGCAACAAGAUGCCGAGGAAGCAUUCACCCAAUUGAUCAAUAAUUUAGAUAAUAGUUUGAACAUCAAAGAUUUAUUUAGAAUUGAAAUGAAGGAAGUCUCAACAUGUGUGGCCUUACCUGAAGAAGAAGCUCAAAUCAAUUUUGAAGAAUCCUUAAAGUUGAAUUGUCAUAUAGAUAUUAAAACCAAUUUCCUCAGAGAUGGGAUUUUGAAUGGAUUGAGUGACAUUAUUACCAAACAUAAUGACCUGUUGAACUCAGAUACAGAUUAUCAGUUGAAGAGAACAAUAACCAGAUUACCCAAAUAUUUAACUGUUCAAUUUGUUCGGUUUUUUUGGAGAACAGAUACUCGGAAGAAACUGAAGAUUUUAAGAAGAGUUCAAUUUCCCUUUGAACUUGAUUUAAGUGAAAUGUUAGAUGAAUCCAUUCGUUCUGAAAAGGUUGAAGUUAGAGAUAAAUUGAGAAAAAUCGAAAAGGAUAAUAUUGAAGUUAUCAGAGAAUUCAAAAAGGCAAAGAAGGAUAUUAGUUUGACUCCUUUACAACAACAAGAGGAGGAUGAAAUGAAAAUUGAAUCCAUUAAAACAAAAUUUAGAGAUGAAUUUAAACAAGUUGUUCCUUCUGGAUUUGACUUUGAAAGCACUACUGAAAACCCUAGUUCAGUCUAUGAAUUACAAGCAGUAAUUGCACAUGCUGGUACUUCCGCAGAUUCUGGACAUUAUCAAGCAUUUGUUCGUGAUGACAAUGAUUUGGAAGGUGAAAGAUGGUGGAAAUUCAAUGAUGAUAAAGUUAGUUCUAUUAACAAAGAACGGAUUGAAUCCUUAGCUGGAGGUGGUGAGAGUGAUUCUGCCUUAAUUUUGAUCUACAAAGGUGUUGGAUUAUAA